AUGGGUUUAUCAGUAUACUUGGCAUCUUUAUCGUUGGCCUCAUCUUUUAAUGGAAAUUUUCAACAAGCAUAUUUACUUUCCAUAUUGAAUCAGCCAUAUUUGGAAGUACAUCAGUUCAUUAAUGAAUCUACAAUAGCCCGAACUGGCAAACCAAUUGAUCCAUUGACUUUAAAUUUUAUCUGGUCUGUGAUCAAUGUUAUGAACCCAAUAUCGGGUAUUGUUGGUCAACUGAUUGCAUAUUUAAUUUGUGAUCGCAUUGGUCGUCGCUGGACAGCUAUCACUUCUUGUCUUAUAGCUAUUCCUGCUAGCAUUGUAAAUAGCCCUGUUUAUUUCGAUGCUUACAAGAAUGUUUUAGCACUAAUUCUUUCGAUGCUUACGAGGAUAUUUUUUCCAUACUACGAGGUUUUAGUACUGGGGCGUUUUCUCUGGGGUACUGCGAAUGGUCUUGCUAUAGUUGUUCAGGCAGUUUGGGUAGUAGAAAGUGCGCCACCUACGCAGCGUGGACGUGUGAACUCUUGGCAAGAAGUAAUUGCUACGGCUGGUAAUUUAUUAACGCAAGCAAUUGGAGUGCCAUUAUCAACACCUCAGCUUUGGCCGUUGAUGUUUUUGCUGCCUCUAGUUAUCACUAUUAUUUGUUUAAUAGUAUUUAUUUUCAUGUAUGAAUCACCUCAGUAUUCUCUAAUGUUUGUUCAUAAUCGACAAGAAGCUGCACUUGCAAUUCGAGCUUAUCAUGGUUUGAAAGAUGAUACUGAUAUUGAUAAGCAAGUAAGAAAAUGUGAAGAAGAUGGUGAAAAAAAAGAAGAAAGAAAAAAGAGCAUAGAUAAUUCAGAACGACCAAAUGGAUUUCAAGUAAUGUUUAUGCCAUGGAAGGCUGGCGAUCCUCUUUCAACUGUGAUACGAUUCGGUGCUUGGGUUGGAAUAAUGGUCAAGAUCGCCUAUGUAUUUACGGGUGCACGAGUCUUACGAUCAUUCAAUACAUUCAUUUAUUACGAUUUAGCCAAAUGGUCACGAAACUUUUCACAGUGGGGUUCACUUGUUAACACUAUUAUUCGCUUGCCUUUAUCAGUGAUACCAAUCUUUAUCAUUGAAAGUGUUGGGAGAAGACCGAUGAUAAUUUUAUCAGAGUUUAUGAGCAUACUUUUCCUAUCAGUGACAAUGGUUUCCACUUGUAUUGGUGAAGGAGCUCAACUAGGAACACUUCUCAGUGUAUCGAUGUUACUCUUUACAACAUCACUUGGUAUUGGUUCAAUAUCAAGAUUCUAUUCUGCUGAAUUGGUACCAAAAAGUAUGCUACUUCAAACUGUUACCAUCCUAUCACUCAUUGAAUCAUCCACAAAAAUUAUUUUAGAUUUUGGAUUUUAUCCACUUGCAACUACUUUUGGUGGUUAUUCGUUCCUUAUUUUCAUUCUUCCAUCUAUUCUCUUAUUUCUUCUGAUGUUUCGUUAUUGUCCAGAAACUAAGCAACGACCAGUAAAUGUAAUUCUUAACGAAAUGGCACAAAAACUUAAAGUUGAUGUUCAAUUCAAAGUUUAG